CGCAGGAGAUCUAAAGCGGCAGCGGGGAGCUGGGGGUCGCGGCUGCGCUGCCUCGCCGCUUGCCCGAGCCCCCCGGCUGGGCCCAAACAGGAAGAUGGAGUGUCAAAAAAUUACCAAUUUUGGAAACCAGCUUCUUCGUCGGAAAAAUGUGGACUGCUCUCGAGAAGACAGUCGCCUGUCGCGAUGCCUUAACACGUUUGACUUGGUGGCCCUGGGUGUAGGCAGCACUUUGGGUGCUGGUGUCUAUGUCCUGGCUGGAGCUGUGGCACGGGAAAACGCAGGACCUGCCAUCGUUAUCUCCUUCUUGAUUGCCGCCUUGGCUUCGGUGCUGGCCGGACUCUGCUACGGAGAAUUCGGUGCUCGAGUUCCUAAGACAGGAUCAGCUUAUCUCUACAGCUACGUGACUGUGGGUGAGCUGUGGGCCUUCAUCACAGGCUGGAAUCUAAUCCUGUCCUAUGUUAUUGGAACCUCGAGUGUGGCCAGAGCCUGGAGCGCGACGUUUGAUGAAAUCAUAGGGCAGCACAUUGAAAAAUUUUGUAAAAAAUACAUGACGAUGGAUGCUCCCGGAGUGCUAGCAAAAUACCCAGACAUCUUUGCUGUGGUGAUAAUCAUCAUCCUAACAGGGCUUUUAGCUUUUGGUGUGAAAGAAUCUGCCCUGGUGAAUAAAGUGUUCACCUGCAUCAACGUCCUUGUCCUUGGAUUUGUCGUGAUCUCCGGCUUUGUGAAAGGAUCUGUUAAAAACUGGUACCUGACUGAACAGGACAUUUACAACACCAGCCAUAGCAUUUUCAAAGACAAUCAAACACAGGAAGAAAAGCUCUACGGUGUUGGAGGGUUUAUGCCCUAUGGAUGGAAAGGAGUCCUCUCAGGGGCAGCCACGUGUUUUUAUGCUUUUGUGGGAUUUGACUGUAUUGCUACUACAGGUGAGGAGGUAAAAAACCCUCAGAAAGCCAUUCCUAUUGGCAUUGUGGCAUCUCUUCUCAUCUGCUUCGUGGCUUAUUUUGGCGUGUCGGCUGCCCUGACGCUCAUGAUGCCUUACUACCAGCUGGAUACCAAUAGCCCUUUACCAAAUGCCUUUAAAUACGUGGGUUGGGAUGGAGCCAACUAUGCAGUGGCUGUUGGUUCCUUGUGUGCACUUUCUACAAGUCUCCUUGGCUCCAUGUUUCCAAUGCCUCGAAUAAUUUAUGCUAUGGCAGAAGAUGGACUUCUUUUUAAAUUUUUGGCUAAAGUCAACGAGAAGAGAAAAACUCCCUUAAUUGCAACAGUGACCUCAGGAGCUACUGCAGCUGUUAUGGCCUUUCUCUUUGACUUGAAAGAUCUUGUGGACCUCAUGUCCAUCGGGACCCUCCUGGCUUACUCCUUGGUAGCAGCCUGUGUGUUGGUACUGAGGUACCAGCCAGAGCAGCCUAAUUUGGCGUACCAGAUGGCAAGGUCGACAGAGGAGACAGAUAACAACGAGUCUGUGAGCACCAGUGAGUCACAGGCUGGGUUUCUGCCAGAGGAAGAGGAGAAGUUUUCCCUCAAAGCCAUACUGUGUUCCACAGAUUCAGAUCCUUCCAAAUUCUCUGGUUUGGUGGUGAACGUCUCAACCUUCAUCUUAGGUUUCCUUAUUGUGGGUAUCUGUAUCCUGACUUCCCUUGAGCCAAACAUUCUGAUAAACACUGUACAGAUUAUUGCGGCCAUCCUUGUUGUCACUAUCAUCUUCAUUAUACGGAAACAGCCUGAAAGCAAAACCAAACUCUCCUUUAAGGUACCUUUUUUGCCCUUUCUUCCUGUUGGGAGUAUUUUUGUGAAUGUUUACCUCAUGAUGCAGCUAGAUGCAGGCACGUGGAUUCGGUUUGCAAUCUGGAUGCUCCUAGGCUUUGUCAUCUACUUUACCUAUGGAAUAUGGCACAGUGUGGAAGCCAGCUACGCAGCCUCAGCAGAAGCGGAGAGAAACACAGACACUGGCUCAGACAGCUGUAAAUGACUGUGUUUGACUUAAGGCGACUGAAAGAAUGGCUGCAGUGAAAAAAACUUUGUGGUGGGGAUCCUGAACCAGAUUACACCUGUAAUCAGUUAUGCAGAAAUAAGGAAGCAGAAUGCAGGCCUCCCCAACUUGGUUACUGCAGCUUGCAGUUUGUUUAGCAGCACAGUUAAAAGGGACCACAGGAUGAAAAGACACAACUCUGGCAUAUUCCCAGCAGCACUGGCAGCUCAUCUGGGGUGCUUCCCUCUCUCCCUCUCCGGUUGUGUUUUUUUUUUCCCCAGUGUCUAGAAAGAGAACUGCUUCUGUGUGCAACUGCUGCUGCGAAACCAGGCCUCACAAAUGUCCUUCUUUCAGUAGCCCCAGGAAUUACCUCCCAACAGAUAUUCUACUCAAUUUUACAUGGAGCAGGUUUUGCAGUGCUACUGCCAGGCAUAGACCAGUAUCCAUCCUUCACCCUAUGUGAGCUGUACCCUCUGUGUAUGCACACAUACAAAAAAAAAAAAGGUUUUCACCAAUCACUAGAUUUCCCCAGGUUAACAAAGCACUGCAAGAUUUGCAUUCUUUAAAAUAUCAGGUCUUACCUUUUUUGUUUUUAUUUAACUGGGUUUUUUAGCUACGUGCUCACAUGCUUUAAAGCAUGUCACUGCUGUGAAAUGUUGGGAAGGUUUAUGGUUGCUGCUUGUCAGGUGAGCGAUCGCUCACCAGCUCACAGUAACACCAGCAGGUGUUUCUCCCGACUGUACACUCCACAGAGGAACUGCCAGCUUUAGUCAGGAAACCAUGUCGUGCAAGUACUGCAAAGACUUGAAAACAAUGGGUGUCUCCAAAGAGCAGUCCUGCCUCUUUGCCUCAGAAAUCACCAGUGGUGUCGCUGUAGUGGGUGGGGGUGGCCAGCAGAACUGAGCUAGCUCUGACAGCGAGUGCAGCGAGUUCCUCCCCCCGCAUCAGUCUUCCGUGCUGGCUGCCUGGCAUUAGCAGCUUUGGUUUGGCAUUGGUGGGUGGAGCACAUUCCUGCCCUGGGAGGGAAGCACUGGAGAAUCCUCAGAGGCAUGAAGUUCUUACAUGAGGAAUGCCUGGUGUCAGCCACCUGCCCAGGGCAUGCUGUGGGGGUGUGCGGGGACUUUUCAGUCCCGUCAGAGUGUGCAGCCCAGAAAACACCAUCAAGCUCUAGGGUCUGACUUGCUGAGGGGAGCUUUGCCUUUGGGGCUGGAGAUUGUCUCCAGAGCCUGCGGUAGUGAAAGGUGGGAAAUUUGGAGUUGAGGGUCUGUAUUUGAUUGGCAAUGCCUUGGUUUUGGCUGUAAGAAGAUUUUUUUUUUGUUUUAAUUCUCUCUAAUAGCUUUCCCUAGCCAAAUUAAUCCACUACCCUAAAAAGGCUUAUUAAAGCACCGUGAAGGUGAGCCAUGCCCAAGUAAUGCCACUGAUCUAAAUUUACGCUUCAGCCUGUACUGAAAAACAAAUCAUAGAAUUGUGGAACAGUUUGGGUUGGAAAGGGACCUUUGAAGAUCAUCUGGUCCAGCUUACGUGACAUCAGCAGGGACACCUUUAAUUAGAUCAGGUUGCUCAAAACCCUGUCCAGCCUGCUCUCAAACACUUCUGGGUUGGAGCAUCCCAGAUAAAUACUGCAGGAAUCCCCUUUCCCGAUGUGAGGUGCUUUCCUAGGUGUCCUUCAUACUACUGCCUCUGAACACUGGACAGUCUUUAAUUGGUUUGUCAGCAUGGCUCUUGCUGAUGAAGCGACAGGCUCUUGCGCCUGUCAUUGAGUUGGAGAACUGAACAGACUCGUACAUGGCUUGCCCAGGAUCUCACCAGGCAUCUGAUGCAGCAGAAAAGGGAAUCAGACCAUCUCCUGGAUUUCAUGGCUGGAUUGUGGACCAUUUCUCAUGUCUCCAAGAGACUUGAUAGCCUUUCUGCCCAUUGAAGUGUUUUCAUCUUUUAAUUCUAGUACACGGGGAGGCUUUUCUUGACAGGAUUGCAAUUUGAGGAAGUGAAGGCAAUGUGUUCACUGCCUCCUAGCUGCACUUCAGAGUGUGUUAGGAGUGCAGCUUCCCCCACAGAAUGAAGUUGGGGGUCUGCUCCAGUCACUGGGUAUUGACCAUCUGCCAAGUCUUUGCUCCUUGUGCAUAUACAAAGUCUUACUCAAGCAGGGAGGGAUUGAUAUAGAAAUUAAAAGCCACUAAGUCAAAGUCUAUUUUGUUUAAAUACAGGCAAGCUCAACGCACUCCACAGCCUCCCAAAAGACACUGAAAAUGUGGGAGGGCAACAAGAUGAAAACUCAGACAGGAUCAAAGUUUUGUAUUGUACUAAAAAUAUAAGGAUGUUUUUCCUACCUGGCUACCAGCUUCUGUUCAGUGAAAACAUGAAGCUUAUGUCCUUACCAAAGCUUCAUCUGUGCUGAGCAAGCCAAGGGCCUGGUGAAAAAUCUUUCAGAAGGAUGUUGUCAGGCAUGUUCCCGAGGUAGGGUAUGACCCGGUCCCUUUUUAAUCCUUGUGGCAAAGCCUGAGCAGCUCUGUGGCUCUCAGCAGGAGGGCAGGCUGAAGGGGGCAGGAGUUGGGGUGUUGAAACUGAGUGAACUGGAACAUUGGGGAGUUCAGGUGUUUGCUGAUGAGCCUGAACCACUGGCAGAAGCGUUCCUGUUACCACGUGCUGCAGCAUAACUCCUUUAUGGAAACAUUGCAGACGACAAUCACUGUUCUGGCAGCCACAGUCAUAUUGGAAUUAUCCUAGAAAAUGAGUCCAUGGAAACUCAUAGCAUUUGAGCCACUGUCAGGUAAGGCAGCUGACCAGCCCUGCUGCCAGGAAGCUAAUGACUAGCUUCUGUCUUUACCUUAAUGGGGUAACCCUCUAAUGGGCUUUGCUUUGUUUCCCAUUCAUCCCAGUUUCUGUGUACACAGAAAACACGGCAGGACAUGCUGGUUUGUAUCCGUCAGCCCACAGGUGCACUGGCGCACAGAUUUAUUAUCAGGAAUAUAUUACACUUAUCUGUACAUCAUAAUUGAAAUAAUACAAACUCUUCCUGUAAUCAUUAGCCACAUAAUAAACCGGACCACAGAA